UGACAGAAAGUUCGUUUGGUUUUUGGACUUAAUGAUAUAAGCUCCGAUGUAAUAGCACCACCAUUCAAAUUUGUGAUCAGAAGUCAAUAUUUUGUCUCUGGUUUCUGUGGAAACGCUGACCAAUCAAAACACGCCAUGUAUCUUAAAUUAAAAAGAUCAGCAUAUAUUAAACUUGGCAAAGAGUAUUCCAAUGUUGCAAGCAUUAUGGGCUAGUUUGGUUGCUACACUGUAUGUCUACCUAAGACCAAUGUUCAAGUGGAUUAUCCGCAGGGUGACUGGUAAAUGUGAACUCCUUCGUAUAACAUAUCAGUACCCUAAGGGAGCUGCAAGGACCAAAUAUGUAGAAUACAGUUUAAGGCAUUCCAGUCAAAAUGAGCUGAAGAGACUUGUAAAAGAGACUGACACAAACAUAGAGGCAGCAGUUGUCUUGGUAAUGAAAACAAAAAUGAUAUUGCCAGAAGUACAUUCACAAUUUGAGCAUGUAUUUCGACAAUGUUUGACCCAGAUAAAUGGAUAUAUAAGAUUACAGCAUACAGUGGAAACUAUAAGACAGGUGAAAUAUUCCAGUGAAAAUUCUGACCACGAAGAUAAACUGAUGAAGCUAUGGACUGUACUAACAGAUGGUGAGAAGUUAACAUCAAGAACUAGUUCACAGUGGUCUCAGCUUGGUUUCCAAGGUAACGAUCCUCAAACAGACUUCCGUGGCAUGGGACAGCUUGGUCUGGAUCAACUUCUAUAUUUUGCUACAAAGUAUACAGCUGAAGCAAGAUCUAUGCUUUCAAAAUCUCACAAUCAAUAUUUCGGGUAUUCGUUUGCAAUAGUAGGUAUAAACCUAACAGAGCUUGUUUAUACAUUAUUGAGAUAUGGUAAUCUCCGGACCCAUUUCUAUAACAGUAAAACUGCUAAACCUACUCUAGAAGACUUUCAUGAAGUUUAUUGCUAUGUGUUCUAUAACUUUGAUUCAUUCUGGUUUGCUGAGAAACCCAAGGACAUUAUGGAGUUUGGCAGACUACGGGAAAAAUAUCGCAAGAAAUUGGUGGCAAAAUUACGUGAAAAGGAUACAAUUUUUACAGCAGACUUCCAGAACAAGCAGAAUUCUUGAUCUUACAUCAACUUGUUUAUGCAAAAAUAUGUGAUUUAUCUUAGUUUUAUUUAUGCCGGUACUUCAAUUUUUAGCUCGACUAUACGAAGUAUAUGGAGAGCUGUCCUACUCGCCCCGGCGUCGGCGUCCGCGUCCAUAUUUCAGAUUAAAGUUUUGGUGCAGUAAAAUAUUUUUCACUAUAACUUUGUCAUUUCUUAAGGUAUCAACUUCAAACUUCAAAUAUAUGUUCCUUAUCAUCAACCACAUCUUAUGUGACAAGGUUCAUAACUCUAGCACCAAUAUUUUCAGAUUUAUCUCCCCUUGAACUUAGAAUUUUCCUUAAAAAAUACUAUUUUUUACUGUAACUUAUUUAUUUCUUAAGGGAUCACCCUCAUACUUCAAAUAUAUGUACCUUAUCAUCAUCCCCAUCUUAUGUGACAAGGUUCAUAACUCUAGCACCAAUAUUUUCAGAUUUAUCUCCCCUUGAACUUAGAAUUUUCCUUAAAAAAUACUAUUUUUUACUGUAACUUAUUUAUUUCUUAUUUAUUUCUUAGUGGAUCACCAUCAUACUUCAAAUAUAUGUACAUUAUCAUCAUCCCCAUCUUAUGUGACAAGGUUCAUAACUCUAGCACCAAUAUUUUCAGAUUUAUCUCCCCUUGAACUUAGAAUUUUCCUUAAAAAACAUUAUUUUUUACUGUAACUGAUUUAUUUCUAAAGGGAUCAACUUCAUACUUCAAAUAUAUGUACCUUAUCACCAUCCAUAUCUUAUGUGACAAGGUUCAUAACUCUAGCACCAAUAUUGCAAGAAUUAUCUCCCCAUCAACUUAGAUUUUUUUACUAGAAAAAUGUUAUUUUUUACUAUAACUUUUUUAGUUUUAAAGGUAUCUACCUCAAACUUCAAAUACUUAUUUCUUAUCAUCAAUUACAUUUAAUGUGACAAUGUUCGUAACUCUUGAAUCAAUAUUUACAGAUUUAUCUAACUUUGAACUUAGGAUUUUCUUUAAGAAAUAUUAUAACUUAUUUACUUUUUAAGGUAUCUACUUCAAACUUCAAAUAUAUAUUUCUUAUCAUAACACACAUGUUGUGUGACAAGGUUCAUAACUCUAGCGUGACUAUUUCUAGAAUUAUUUCCCCUUGAUCUUGGAAUUUAUGUUAACAAAUUUUAUUUUUUUACUAUAACUUAAUACAUUAUUAUACAUAAUUGAUUUUUCUUUCAUAGUUUUGUCCUCCUUACUGCGUCCAGUAUUUUAUUAGUCGAGCUUGGCUGUCUCCUGUGACAGCUCUUGUUGUAUGUACUGUGAUGCACAUUUAUCACAUACCAAUGCCCUUUUUGCGACUCGGUAAAAAUGGUAUUGCACGGCCGUGCAUAUAUUUUGAUGUGACGUCAUUUGCGUAAGAUAAAUAUAAACAUAAGAUGCGCUAAAUAUUAGCGUUACUCUAUAGGCGUGCGUGUCAAUGAAAAAUGUUUUUUUUUCACUUCAAACAGUCUAUAUUUUUAGUAUGUGAUAAACAGAAUAUAAAAUUUGUGUAAGUUCAUAACUGAAUUUAUUGAACUUUUUAAUAAAAUAAUAGAUCUAUUAUGCUCGCCAGAGGCUCGCAUAAUAUAAUUUUAUUCAACUCGUUAUUAAACUUACACUCAUUCAAUAUCCUCUAUAUAUAUCACACUAUGGUGUAUGGAAGGUUAUUUCAUUGAUCAUUUUAUCAUACAUUAGUUUAUUUAUGAACAUCUGUGAUUAGUUACAAAUGUUUAACUUGAACUUGUUAAAAGAAGUUAUUUUAAAGAGGGUGUUUCUCUUACUGUUGUCAAUGACAAAUAUAUGAAAAUAUUUUCCUAUGAAUAUCUAGAUUUAAUGAAUGGAGUAUAUUUUAUAGAUUAUACAUGUAUCAGUCAGUAUAUCAGAUUUACCUGCUAUAUCACAUUAGUUUCAGCAAAAUUUUGCUUUGAAAUAAAUAAGUUUUCUUAAUACAGACAAAUAAAUAGCCAAAUUUCCUUCAAAAUGCAAACCUUUUGCACUAUAUAUUUCAUAACUGCAUUUCUGCACAGUUCAUGAUAAUUAUAAAUGUACUGUUUAUGGUAUAACUACAUAUUUAAUCACAUUUCUACUCUGUUUAUGACAUACCAACAGCCUAACUUGCCCAAGCGAUCACAUGUACUAAGCAACUUUUGACUUACAUGACCACUUUCUCUUUGUAUCUUUAAUGUGUUAAGCCAAUAGCUCAAGGCACCAGCUAUCUAAUUAGUCUUUUCAUCAAGCAUCCAUUUUUACCUGUCAUGUCUAUAGUCUUUGUUUUUUUAUAGAACGCUACCUUAUGCGAUUACAAGAUUCAACAUCCAAAGUACAAUGUAUGUGUGAAAACCUUAAAUUCCCAAACUUCUAGCAUAUGCAAAUGAAGUUAAGUAUGAUGUGUGAUGUGUAUUAUCCAAUAAAAUCGGUAAAGCAAAGCAACGCUCUGCCCCUUCUGUGAUGAUACAUAUGAUGCUUUGUUGAUACUUACACAUGUAUAUAGUGUUGAAAAACUCCUAUUUCAAAGGAAAGAUAUCAAUAUUAAAUUUUUACGUUUUUUCAUGCUUAAAAGACCAUCGUAUUGAAAGAACUUUUUUUUGUGUUUCCCUUGCUUGGUCGCUUAAUACAAGUUUGACUGUACAUUGUUGUAACACAAGUAUACUGUUCAUGACAUCACUACACUGUAAAUGGCAUAAAUACAUUGUUUAUUUCCAUUGAUUGUACAUCUCCACAUGCUUGCUAUGUAAUAUUGAUAACACUUAUCCCUCGAGUUGCCUCAAUUUUAAUUAACUAAAUUUCCUUACAGUUUUAUUUCAACCAUUCAUUUUUAUCCUGGACUUUAUAUUUCAUUACAUGUAAUGGUUAAUGUGUUUGUAAUACUUUUCAGUUUUCAAGCCUUUAUAAAUGAGAGUUUACAAAAAUUAUUGAUAUCUUAAUUGUGAAAAAAAAAAUUCAACUUUUCAAACUAUGUUACACAAAAUGCUUGAUUACUGCCAUUGAAUUGAUCAGCUGAAUUAUUGUUAUAAUAACAUAUUGUUCUAUUGUACUAUUCAUGUUUAAAUACUUGAGAAAAGUAAAGAAUUUAGUUUCAAGUA